CCUGGCGUUAGACAAGCGGGAAGUAUGGCGGCUAUUGAAGACACAACAGAGCCGAAAAUGGCAUUCCGGAAAGAUGCUGUGGUGGAUCUGUCGGGUCAGGGAAUCCAGAAACUGGAUGAGUCAUUUCCAUGUCCUUCUGGCUGUCACACAUUAAUCCUCGACAAAAACCAGAUAAUAAAACUAGAACAUCUGGAAAAAUGCAAAGAUUUAAUGCAGUUGUCUGUGGCAAACAAUCGGAUUGUACGACUGAUGGGAUUAUGUAGAUUAACCAAUCUCAGGGUCCUGAAUUUACCUAACAAUAGUAUUGGCUUUAUUGAAGGUUUGAAGGAUCUAGUUCAUUUGGAGUGGCUUAAUUUAGGUGGGAAUAAUAUCAAGGUUAUUGAACAAAUGAACCAUUGUGUGGCUCUAAAGCAUCUGGACUUGUCAGACAAUAACAUUUCACAAAUAGGUGACCUUUCUAAGCUUUCAUCUCUCAAGACACUUCUGCUACAUGGAAAUAGCAUCACAACGCUACGCCAGGUGCCUACUCACUUACCAACAGGACUGUCAAUUCUUUCACUUGCAGAAAAUGAAAUAAGAGAUCUUAAUGAGGUGUCUUACCUUGGCUCCCUACCUGAACUCGAACAACUGUCUAUAAUGAGUAAUCCCUGUGUGAUGAGCAGUCCGUCCUUGCCUGGAUAUGACUAUCGGCCCUAUAUUGUUAGUUGGUGUCUCAACUUGAAAGUACUGGAUGGUUAUAUAGUGUCACAAAAGGAAGGUUUGAAGGCAGAAUGGCUUUACAGUCAUGGGAAAGGAAGGUCCUUUAGGCCAGGCCAGCAUAUUCCACUGGUACAAUACUUGGCGUCAGUCUGCCCUUUGACAUCAUCCCCGGCUUUGCAAUCUGCAGAGGAUGCCAAAUUAGAAAAAAUACUAAACAAACAAAGACUUCAUCAGGAACAGCUGCUUCAACAGAUUCAAAGAGGGUAUCCAACCUCCUCCUCAACACCAGAAAGACCUGCUAGUCUCCCAGUGGAACAAUAUAGUCCAUCACAUAUGCCAGUGGAACCUUCUGAAAGAGCUGUUACACCCCAGAUUAACACAUGGUUAGGCUUGAAUGACCCUACAAAUCAUUCCUAUGCAGUUGAACAUCGGUCACGAAUUUCUUCGGCCCACAGAGAUUCCUUAUUCUUGGAAGAUGUUCAGACAGAUGAGGACAAGCUUAACUGCAGUUUGCUAUCUUCAGAAUCUACCUUUAUGCCUGUCACUGCAGGAUCCUGUCCACUUUUUCCUUCACAGGAUUUAAGGCUUCAAAAUAUAGAUUGUGAUCUCUCUGAUGUUGGUUGUACUGAUACUACUGUUUUACAGUUUAAAAAAUACUCGGAAAUUAAAGAUCUUGAAUAUAAUGAAGUAUGUGGGAAAGAAAUGGAAACAACAGCAAGUAGUGAUGCAAAAACGUCAAGUCUGAGUUCUAAGUUGCAGCCCAGUAAUGGACUGUUGUAUGAUGGUAGCUGUGGAUCUAAGGGCAAAGCAAUACCAUUUCAAGGGCUAUCAAAGACUGAGGAUCCUGAAAAAGAACCUGUCUUUUCAGAUGUCAGAAAGGAAGAACAGAUAGUGGAAGGUUUCAGUAGGGAAGCUGUUAAACUUCAAGCAUGCUGGAGAGGAUAUUUUACAAGAAACUUCAAUCCCAGAGCUAGGGAGGUGCGUUCUGAAAUCCGCCUCCGUCGAAUGCAAGAGCACAUUGUACUGUUGUCAUCUGAAUUAAAAGAGACAAAAAAGGAACUUGAAGAGGAAAGAAUUAAUAGAUUGGUACAAGAAGAGGCUCUUAAAUAUUUGUGGAAACAGCUUCAGUCACUUCAGCAGUGGCAACAGUCUGUGUGCCAGCAGCUUCCAUUGCUCUCUCAUCAGGGACUUCCUGUAACAAGUACAUUGGCUUCAGCUGAACUAUCUCCAUCCAGUGACAACAAUCCAAAGCAGCCUGUGGUUAGCAUAAGCAAAGAUGAUCACCAUUUUUGUGAGCAGUCCUUCCCCGAUUCUGGCUUUCACUCUUGCUCUGGAGGAGAUGAACGUAAUAUUCUUAAAGAUACUUUGUUUUCUGGAGAUUGUACUACAGAAGAGAGUUUAAGCUCAGACACUGGAUCGUCAGUAGAAACUGUGAGACCUUUAAUAGAAGAAAUUACUGAUAAAAAAGAGAACCCAGAGGGUGGAGAGGAAAGCAGUGGAGAGAGCUCCCGCAGUGAGCAAGACAGUAGCCUCCUUCAGCAGUACCUAAACUCUGUCCAAUUACUGGAUGAGGCAGAAGAACUGGUUGAUCAGAAAACGGACAAUCCUUCAUUGACCAUUUCAGAAUUGGGAGAAAGCACUCCUUGCCAUAAAGAGCAUAUUGUUCCUACUCCUGAAAAACCACAACAAAUGGAAGAGUCAGUGUUGCAAUCAGUGCAAUUGGAAGGUGGUGUGUAAAAGGGCAUAGAAUAGAACUGCUUGAAGAGAUAUUUUAAUAAUAACCAGAGAAGUACAGAUAUUUUUAAUCUUAAAUUGAUUAUGGUUCAGUAAAAAUUAAGUAAUUUACUUGUUGCAUUUUGAAAACUGACUAAUCAGUACUAUUCAUCUUAUUUCAUUAAGUCUCAUACAAAACAAACAUUAUAGCUCCCUUGAAGGAUGCUAUGACACUAUGCAAGAAUACUGACAAAAUUUUUAAAAGUAAAACAUUUCCUUAAAUCUAUUGUGGUAAUUCUUUGUUUCUAAAAAGUAAAAAAUCGUUGCUCAUUUUAUCCAUUCCAAUCUUUUGACUGCAUUAGGCAAUAAAUGUGUUCAUCGUAUUUUUCAUGAAGUUUCAUUAUCUUCCAAAUAGUCCUUUUUUUUUUUUUUUUUUUUUUUUUUUUUUUUAUAAAUAAAAGUGCAAGCAGGUAGCUUAAUUGAGCACAAUGAAUUUAGGUACAGGUAACGAAAUGACCCUUCCUUGGUAAGUAAGCACAUGUUACAUUAAAUUGGUGGAUUUAUAUAAAUAAAUUAAAAUAAGAAAUCAGUAUCUCCUGGAAAAAGCAUGUCUUCUCCAUUGUUUUAGUAUUUAUAUAUGCAUACAGCUUUUAUGAACUUAACUUGGACAACAAGACUAUUUGCAUGCUACCUCUCUAUUCCACUUUUUGUUUGAAAUAUUUAGAAAGUUUUUUUAUUAUUGUCUAUAGAAUUUUGUGCAGUGAUUGAAACAUUUUUAAACAAUUUUUUAAUUUAAUUGCUAAUUUUUUACUUAAAAGCAAAGUUGUAGUUUCUAUUUUUUUUAAUAGAACAAUUUUCAGACUUUCUUUUUGAAGCUUGUGAUGCUAAGAGUUCAUCCUUCUUCAAACCCUUUUCAGAAAUGUAGCUGGAUUCAUCAUUUUGUCAAAAAGUAAAAGCCUUAAUUCACACAUAUAGUGUUAUAUUUUGUCAGUUUCAUUAGUGCAUUUUGAUAAACAACAUAUACAUUGACAAAAAUAAUCAAAAUACAUGUUUUCUUCAAGUUUUCUUAAGGCACUAAUUAGGUGUAAAAUGAUUUUGUUUGAUUUGUUAUUAAAACACUGUGAAUAUCAAGAUACUGGAAAUUCUGGUGGCAUAUAUUAUAUAAUUAAAAUAGUUAGAACUGUGUAGCUAAAACUGAUUGAUUUUCAUGCACUACACCAAUAUUCUGCAGUGAUUAUAUUCUCUUAAUGGGAGAAUUGUCUGACCACCAUAUCAUUUAAACUGAAUCAGAAUUCCCUUAUCUGCUAUGGAGAUGCUCUUCCAUUUUAAUUUCUUUGUCAAAACAUUGGUAUUUUUAUAUCACCAGGGAAAAUAUCUGGUGCUGGCUGUAAUUAUUAGCCUUUAAAACAUGGGUUACAGUUUGGAUGCUAAUAUAAUUUAAGUUUUAUGUUAAUAUGAUAGUCAUGGUAUGUGGCUUUUUUGACAAUAGUGUUUAUAUUUCUUAUUGCUCCAUGGUUAUUGAAAUGUUCUAGUGUGUGCAUGUUAUUUCUGUGGCAAGUCUGACUUGCAUUAUUUAAGCAUGAAUAAAGUUCUGAGCAACUAAAUGUUGAAAAAUUGUGUACAGAAAUAAAAAGUUUAAGCAUAUUUACCAAUUAAUUAAUAGAAUAAAUUUAAAAAUAAUAGAAUGUUUUAAAAUGUUGUAUUACAAAAAAAUGUUUUAAUAAAAUACAGAUGUGGUGCCGUUGACUAAGUUCUUUUGAAGCAGGAUAUCUCAUUCAACCAAAUGUUUUUUUUUUUUUUUUUUAGUAGAAGCAUGAUGUUUAUACCAGUCAAGGGUGUGUAAAGCGUAUAUGAUGUUGUCCACCAAUUAUUAAAAAGAAAAAACUGUUAAAUUAAUUUUGGUCUCUACUUUGAACUGCCUGUCAGUGUCUGACACCAGAUCCUGAUGAAUCCAAUAUAAGGACCUAA